AUGAUUGAAGAAGAUUGGUGUCCAGAGAAUACUAGUCCACGUUCAAUAUUGAACGAUAUCCCAGACCAUGUUGAGAAAUCUAAACAAACACAAUUCAUUGAACCGACAUUCAAAUAUCCUCUGUCGACCUUCUUCCUUCGUCCAUCGUCAAACUAUUCAUCACCGUCAAGAUAUUGUCCACCGUCAAGUUAUCAUCCACCAUCAGUUCAACACACAACGUUUAUUGAUAAUCCACAAUCCACAUCUAGUCUACAUUCAACCCAACGUUCGCCUUCGAUUAAUCGUUCAUCGUAUAUGCAUCGUACACCGUCAAAUGAAAAUUCACCUACUAUUGAUCGUCGAGCGGAAAUCCAACACCCAGCGUUUGAUGAUCGUCCACCGUCCGUUGAUCCACCAUUGGCAAAGCAUGCACCGUUUCUUGAUCGUCCAUCAACAUCUCAGCCCAACCUUCAUAUUGAUAAUCCAGUGUCCACGAAUCCAUCAUUCACCGUAGUUCGUUCACCGUCCGUUGAUCCACCAUUGGCAGAGCAUUCACCAUUUCUUGAUCGUCCAUCAUCACCUCAGUUCAACCUUCGUACUGAUCGUCCAGUGUCCACGAAUCGUUCAUUCACCGUAUUUCGUCCACCGUCCGUUGAUCCACCAUUGGCACAGCAUUCACCAUUUCUUGAUCGUGAUCGUCCAGUGCCCACGAAUCGUUCAUUCACCGUAGUUCGUCCACCGUGCGUUGAUCCACCAUUGGCACAGCAUGCACCGUUUCUUGAUCGUCCAUCAACAUCUCAGCCCAACCUUCAUAUUGAUCAUCCAGUGUCCACGAAUCCUUCGUUCACCAUAGUUCUUCAACCUUCGUACUGA